AUGGUGAUCGGCGUGGUGAAUGCGUCUGGGUACCACAGUCCCGACCCACCCUACACGGUCAUACCGCAUACGCUCGCACUCAAACAAGUGGCAUGCGUGUCAUUAACAGUCAAUCUCCUGCUGGUCGUCGCCGCAGUAGUGGCCAGCCGCUUCUACUAUAAAGACAGCGAGUCCGGAUCCCGCAUCGAGUACCGCAUCGACUACAGCGCCUGGUCGCUGGUUCUGAACACCAUCUUCCUGCUCGCGACAGUCGGACUCGUGGCAAGUAACAACAAGCCACUUUUCACUGGCAGCAUCUGGGAGCCUCUGGAGGACGAAGUAGGAUCUGGGAACGGAGAUGGAUGGUCUCGUGAGACGAGGCACUUGUGGAAGGCGAUGCGGUCGACUGUUUGUGCUGCGAUUGUUGUUUCCAUUGUAUGCACCGCCGUCUGCGUGCUAGGUGAUGUAUACCUAAUUGUCUCGUGGCGACACAAGAAUCGAAGGAACUCCGACGGCACAGAAGAGAAUGGAGAGACGGUCGAUUUGCAGCAGCGUCCUCCUGCCGCUGGCGCUGCGAACGGGCCUCGGGUGGUUGGAGGAGUGUAG